UCCCAUUGGACCCGGAGAAGCGCGCCAGUCGAGCGUCGACCCGAGAGCGGCCGUGGGCUCUUCGCCGCCCUAGAGUUCUCGGAGCCUCUCGGGGGAACCUACGGGGCUACCAGCUGCUCCGGCUCACGCCCGUCUCGAAUGAUAUUCUCGGGCCCAGACAGCGCCUUAUGAGCCCGUAGCAUAGCGCACUAUCGGGGAGUCGUCACCAGGAGCUCGCCCAGCCUUUGUCAUUGAAGCUUCGAGAGCGACACUAUGCUGCCGUCGUAUUCCUCCUCCUCGCACUCCUCUUACCACUGAAACACGGCUCGUCGCGACUUCGAAACGGGAGGAAGCCGUGGAGGUGCUGCUGACAAAGUCCUUACUCGCGGACCGACGUCCCUCAGCUCGAGUAAGGAAGGAAGCCGAGAGGGCCGAAGAUAGUAAUUUAAAGACUGGUGAAGCUGUCGCGGUCACCAGUCGCUCCUCGCCAACACCUCGCGUGCCUUACGAAUUUAUAAAAGAUGAGAAUAGUCAUGGCAUUCAUGAGAGUAACUCUUUCAACUUUAACAAGAAAUCGUUUUGGUAAUCAUGUUCUUACCAAAUUUUCAGCACCAAGACCAAGAAACAAUAUGAUGCUUGGGUUUGUCGGUUGUAACUUCAUGAGUACUCAUCAACUUAGCAAAAACAUUGAUUUAGUAACGGAUGACAAUAAUUUGUCUAUUAUUAAAGAAUCUAAAAAAAUUAUAAAUCCCAAUUCAAUCAUUGAUGCCAACCGUCCAUUGUUAGUGUUACUUUGUUGGCUUUUAUCAAAGCCUAAUCAUAUUAAAAAGUUUGUAAAUUUUUACAUGGAGCAAGGCUUUGAUGUCGUUACAGUAUCUAUUACUCCUUGGCAAUUAAUGUGGCCUAUUAAGGGAUCACGGAUUAUAGCCUAUGAUUUGUUGCAAUUUUUAGAUCAAAAUAUAUGCUACGAACAGAUUCUGUUGCAUGGAUUUUCUAUCGGUGGCUACAUGUGGGGAGAAGUUUUAGAUUUUAUUCAUAAAGAUCGUAAAAGAUACGAUCGUGUAAUUAAUCGGAUUGUUGGUCAUGUCUGGGACAGUGCUGCUGACAUAAGCGAAUUAACAAUUGGAACACCAAAAGCAGUUUUUCCUAAUAAUAUUGUACUCCAAAAUGUUAUGCAAAAAUAUUUAGAAUAUCAUAUGAAAGCUUUUCACAAACAGGCAACACAAUAUUGGAUUCGAUCGAGUCAGUUGUUCCAUUUAAAUUUAAUUCGAACACCAGCACUAUUUUUAGUGAGUAAUACCGAUCCAGUAGGCUCACUGACAAGUAACAUGAGGGUUAAAGAGUCUUGGGAAUCCUUAGGCAUAAAAACUUAUGUGAAGAUAUUUGACAAUACUCCUCACGUUGGCCAUUAUCGAACCAAUCCAAAGGAAUAUGUAGCUGAACUAUACUCUUUCUUAGAUAAAUUACAACUAAUACGAAACGAAGAGAAGAUAAGAGCGCGACUUUAAUACAAAUUUUUAAAAUAUCGAGUCGAUCAUUCUAGAAAAUGUUAACCAAAACAUAUUCAUUGUUUUCUCCUUAAACAACUGUACAUUUUAUUGCAAAUUUUAUGGUAAUCUUAAAUAUUUUA